AGCACGUAUUUCCUCCUCUUCCUACAAUGCACAAAACUUCUCAGAUUUACACUACACAAGAGUUGCUGCACCUUGGGUAUCUUCAAUCUGAAACGGAGAGAAGAGAUUAAGUUGUGGCAUGGACAUCUGGCACCAUCACUGAAGUUUAACUGCAAGCUGUGCAAACUUGGGAUGACUUCUAGACCAACUGUAAAACUUGUGGUUACCAUGGACCUAUGAGUGCCUGCUAAUGUGGGCAGAUCUUCUCUACUGUACAACCACAUCUGGUCACCCCACAAGAGGGUGGACAUCAGUAGUUGGAUCUCUGAAGCACAGAAGAAGAAUUCUGCCUUGCACAGUGAGUGUUGAUGUUCGCAAUGGCUAUGCGUGUUAUCUACAGUCAUUUUUGAUCUGCUAAUCAGUAAUGUAGGAGUUAACAAGAUGUUAAGAAACCGGAGCUCCUGCACAAACCUGCUGAUUGUGUCCAGUCCUGGAAGGGAUUUUAUAAGCCUGAACAAGGGGAGGGGAUGCUCAGCACUGGGUUAACCUAUACAAAGACCCAGGUGAGAUGGAGAAGUCUACAUUUUUGGUGGUGUUGAUAUUGGUGACUUUCACGGUUUGUUGGAGUGUGGAGAAAUGUCCAGAACCAUGUGACUGUCAGCAUCCACAACAUAUACUGUGCUCCAACAGGGGGCUAUUUUCUGUUCCAAAAUCCAGCCACUUUGUGAGCCCAACUGCAACAAAAACCUACAGCUUGGGAGGGAAUUUUAUCGACAACGUAAGUGCCGAAGACUUUUCAAAUUAUUAUAAUUUACAGAGGCUUGACUUGCAGUACAAUCAGAUACAGUUCAUUCACCCCAAGGCAUUCGAGCAGCUCACUCACCUGGAAGAACUGUACCUUGGCAACAACGGUCUUUCUACACUUACUACUAAUGCUUUCUUGCCACUUAAGAAACUUAAGGUCCUCAAUGUGAAUAGCAACCAGCUUCACAAUGUCAGUCAUUCCAGCCUUGCUAACUUGGUGUCACUUGUUAAGUUGAGACUGGACAGUAAUAGUAUCCAGAUACUGCAUGGCUCCCCUUUCUUGGGUCUUUCAAAUUUGCUUUAUUUGCAUCUGGAAAACAACAAAAUUAAGAAUAUCAGUAAAAAUGCUUUUGUAGGACUUGUAAAAUUGCGUUUAUUGAGCUUGUCAGGAAACCCCUUGAAUUCUUUGAGACAGCCUAUAUUUUUGCCAUUGCGCUCUCUAAGCACACUAACCAUAGCUGGAAAUAAUCUACAACAACUGGGACCAGGUGUUUUCAAUGGAUUACAAAGGCUUUCCAAGCUCAUUCUAAGUUCAAACAGGAUUUCUAUGCUACAUAGCAAGGCACUUCAGGGGCUUAGGAUGCUGCAAGAACUGCAACUGGAUGGCAACUCCCUGGCCCAGCUCCCUGGGGGCCUCCUGACAUCACUGCAAAGUUUAGAAGUGCUGAACCUGAGCCGCAAUGCCCUGUCAACAGUGCACUCUGGAACUUUUAAUGGACUAAACCGGCUAAGGGUUUUAGACUUGCAGCACAAUAUGUUGGACUUUCUGCCUGGGGAUGUUUUUUCUGGAAAUCCAACUCUUUACCGGUUACAGUUGGAUGGAAACCAGUGGAACUGUAACUGCCACUUAUUGGGGCUUAAGCACUGGAUUCUGGGGACCCUGCAUUCUCGUAGCCGCAUGCUAACUGUGUUUGUGCAGUGCAGGGAACCUCGGGAAGUUGCAGGGAAAUAUUUAGACUACCUUGAUGAUACCUAUUUACAGGGAGUCGGAGGUUGCACACUCAGCACCAUACCUCCAGGACUGGCUACCACCAUGCACCACCAGGUUUUAGAUUUGCACCAGGUAAACCAGAGGACAAAUGAUGAUACAAGUAUAGAACCAUUAUACCAGACAAUAAAAACUAUUUCCAAGCUUCAUUUAUCAGCUACUCAGUCAACACUUUCAUCUGGAGGCUUCACUUUACUUCAAACCCUGGCAUCAGUGCAAAAGGUGUCGGGCACAAAGGGACCUCUUAACAUGAAAAGGCAAAGUGGUACUGGACGUCGGAAAUCACCGCAGACUGAUAAAAAGACUUCAAUUGGAUCCAGGAAUCCUUAUGGAAUUAAACAGAACUUGAUGAACCUCAGUCAACAGCAUCCAGGGACUGAAAGGCAAAACCUCGAUUCAUUCCAGACUGCAACUGAGCCAUUAACACAGCUACAUCUCAAGCAAGCUGAGGCUCAAAUCCCAACAUCUCACAAGUUGCCUCAUAGUAUCCCCACAGCUGAACCAUUUUACGAGUCUACCCAUGAAAGAGAACAGCCUACUGCUGAAGCUGAGCAAUCACAGGUCACUAGUACCUUGCAAUCACCAUCUGGAAUGUCACAAAAUGAUGAUUUGGGCCCAAAAUUGAGACAGGCCAUUCUAGUAUCAGAGACCUUGCAUCAAAGUCAGCAUGACACCUUGCAGCCAUCAUUUGAUUCUGCUCAUCAUGGCCACAGUGAAACAUUGCACCAAGUUGCUCCUUUAGGCCUCUCUGACCCAUGUGAAUUUAACAAGCUACAUCUAUUGAAUCUCUCGGUGGAAUCUGUAGGAAGUAACACUGCUCGUGUACGUUGGCAGACUUCAGUCUCUCAUACCCAUGGGCAUGUCUUAUUCAGGGUGCUGUAUGAGCGUUUUGGACAGAGUGGUCGUUUUCAGCGCUUUGUCUAUCCCAGGGGCCAUGCAGAAUCUUUAACUUUACUGGAGCUAACAGGAGAUACCCCAUAUUUAGUGUGUGUUGAGAGUAUAAUUAAUGGUCGAGCUUGUCCUGUGGCCCCUAGGGAACAUUGUGUAGGGCUUGUGACUUCACCUUCAGAAGAUGAGCGCCCUAUACUUAAUUACCAAAUGUUAGCCUUGGGGCUACUAGCCCUCAAUGCUUUGCUGCUUUUGCUAGGUUUGGUUGUCUGGAUUUCUAGGAAAGCACGUAAGAAAUGGUGCCGUAGAAGAGCCCCCGUUCAUGUACGUCAAAUGUACUCAACACGUCGGCCCUACAGGUCUGUGGGUACUGGAGUUUCCACUGAUUUCUCAGGUUUUCAGUCCCAUCGACCUCGCACUGCAGUGUGUGCUCUAGGAGAAGCAGACCUUAUGGAGUUUCCUGGCUGUGACCGUUUCAGAGAGGGAGGGAAUCUGCACAGAGAUGAUCUCCUGCAGAGGUUCACAGACUGAGCAGCCAUGACUUAGUCACAAAGAUGGUUUCUGCACUAGGCUGCAACACGUACAUGAGAGCAAUAAUAUUCUACUAAUAGGUCAUGUGUACAGUACCUGGGAGGAAGCAGUGUCCAACUUAAUGAAAGGGUGUUCAUGAUGAUGCAAUCACAACCACCAAAAGCAAUGAAUGAUCAAUGCAAUAUGUCCAGCCUAAGUGUGACUUUGGGUUACACCAUUGGCUUAUGGUGCAUCAUUACAAAUCAUAUGACGCAAUAUGGUACACAUUGAUGGGAUUUUCUUGAUAACGCUAAAUAAGUUGAAAUAUAUGUAUAAAGUUCACAAUCUGUUUUGUGUCCUCGUAUUGGUUGACGUGCUGCCACAGAUAUUGUCUCUAACAGCAUUACAAUUAAUGUUGAGU